UUUCACGGGUCCGACCAGAUCCUGACGCCCAAUAUCGACAGUUUGGCGUACAGCGGCGUCAUCUUACAGCAGUACUACACUGAGACAGUUUGCACACCCGCCCGGACUGCGUUACUGACAGGCAAAUAUCCUAUGAGACUAGGUAUGUAUGAGACCAAAACAUUUGUUCAGAAAUCAGACCACAACAGGCACUUUUCACAUCAAAGUUUAAAAUUUAUCAGUAUAUCUCUAGAAGCUUCAUACUACGGACAUUUCGGAACGACACUGCUGAGAAGAAAUGUCGAACGAAAGAAACUUAUAGUUUCUGUAGAGCAGUAUUCUGUCCGUCCCAUUAUUUUUUUAAAGAAACAGUUUGUGCCAGCUGAUAAAAAUCAAUCAAUGAUAGGAAACUGAAGAUUUUUCUCAUAGGCGAUUACUUUAUUGCCUCAUUAAAAUGUAAUCUAAAAACUAAACGUGGGCUUCGAGUUUUGCAACUCUUGGCUCUGCUUAGGUUAAGUGAUAAAGCCUUGACAUUGUAUUUAUCUAUAUGAUGAAAGGUAAAGUUAUUGUCAAUUUAAUUUAUUUAGCUAAAUAUUUUUACUUCCCCGGCAACCACAAACAACGUGGGAACUAAAGCGAUGCGGCGGCGGCGUAUAGGUACUAUUUCACGUGUACUAACUUAACAGAAUCUGAUUUACAGGCCUACCUAGGACAAGGCGCGUUCCAAUGUACAUUGACGAUAUAUCGGUAAUGGGCAAGACCGGAAUGCAUGGAACACCGCUGUUCAAUUCGGAAAACCGAGGAAUUCCUUUAUCGGAACGGCUCCUACCCUCAUAUUUGAAGGAGCUGGGUUACACCACGCAUCUGGUGGGGAAAUGGCAUGUAGGGAUGUCUCGGCGGGAGUUCUUGCCGACGUCUAGGGGAUAUGAUAGCCACUAUGGAAUGAGAGGAGGCUUCGUCGAUUAUUACAAUUACAACAAAAUUGAGACGUGGUCGGAUGGCACUCUUAUGUUUGGUCUGGAUCUCUUUGACGACGACGUGCCGCAAGAAGAGGAGCAACGGUACAUCCUUGACGCGCUGACCGACAGGGCUGUCAAAAUUAUCUACGGCCACAAUGCAUCAUCGCCUCUGUUCCUCCAUGUGACGUACAAUGCCCCACACUCGGGCAACGAGGGCGGGCGCUUGCAGCCGCCUCUGUAUUCCGUACCGAAGAACCGCCACAUUGCGCAUUCGGAUAGACGACUUUUUGCAGAUGUUGUAACUCAACUAGAUCGUAAUGUUGGGCAAAUAGUGAGAGCUCUAGCAGACGCAGAUAUGUUUGAUGACACAAUCAUCAUAUUUGCAUCAGAUAAUGGAGCCCCAACUGUAGGAUCAGAUAUGACUAAUUGGGGUGUAAACUUGCCUCUGAGAGGAAAGAAGAAUACUCCUUGGGAAGGAGCUGUGAGAGUGCCUGCUUUUAUGUGGCAUUCCUCGUUUAGGCCUAGAGUUUGGGAUGGUCUAAUGCAUAUAUCUGAUUGGAUGCCGACUUUGAUAGCAGCUGCCGGGGGCCAAUUACCAGUAGGUAUUGAUGGAGUUAACCAAUGGGACGCUAUAAUACAAGACGGAGACUCAAAACGAACUGAAGUUUUAAUUGCUGUUGAAGAUAGCCCAAUAAAUACAUACGCAGCUUACAGAGCAGGAGACUAUAAAAUUAUUGUAGGAAAUGUGACUGGUCUGAGUAAUGGCUACUAUGGAGAACAAUUCUUGCGCAACAAAAAGGCCCCACCAGAAUACUACCCUUCUCUUAGAACGUGUGAUGUCGCUAAAACAUUUGAAAGGAUGGGAUUUUAUUUAAAUUUUGAUGGUGUACAGGCUAUGAGAGCAGCAACUACUUUGAGACAAGCGGAUAAUGUAAGAGAUACAACACCAUGCAUACCCACACCAACUCGUGGCUGCUUAUACAACGUACGCCGUGAUCCAUCAGAACGACACGAUCUUUGGACACGUGCUGGCAAAAUAGCUGGUCUUUUAACAAGUAGAUUACGAGGUCUCUGGGCCCAACAACUAAGGAGAGGUCCCACAGAUUUACAACAACAAGCUGAUCCAGCCAUUUUUAACUAUGUGUGGUCCCCAUGGGUUACAACUCUACGCGAUAUGCCUAACACUAGAUUUAAUUUAACGUUAAAUAAUACAGUAUCAAGCAACUUGAGAAAUAUAACGUUAGCAGCGUCUAUAAAUUGUGAAGGCACGACAGGAAUAAGGAACUUUUUAUGUAUAUUAAAGAGCGUGUUUUAGUUUUAAGUUGUUAUUAAUAUUAUUGGUGAUUUAGUAUUUAUUAGUUGAAAUAAACUGCCAUUAGAA